AAUAAUACAAUUGAAAAAAUUGAUGGAAAUAAAAUGCAUUAAUUGUCACUUGACUUUACUAGCUACUAAUUUUAGUAAAUAGGAUGGCUCUUUAUAAAGUGUAUUUUAAUUUUAAUAAACUAUUUUAUUUUUACUACCAGUAUAAGGGCUGUAUUUUUAGUCAGAUGGGCCUGGGACUCCACACUCAUUAGGCCCAUUGCAUAUUCUAGAAAACUACGUGGGUCAUGUCCAGAUAAUAAUCUCAUUUAGAGUGGCCUUUUACUUUUUAGUCUUAUUCUGCUAAACGCAAAGCAAUGUGGUUCGCUUUCAAUUUCCUCUAUCCUGCGUGAAUCGUAAGCUUGUUCUAGUUUAACUACAAUUCCAGGUAAAUAGCCAAUGGCAUCUUCUGGAGACUCCUGGGUAAGGGAAUAUAAUGAAGCAGUCAGACUUUCUGAUGACAUCACGAACAUGAUAUCUGAAAGGAACUCGCUGCCAGCAUCUGGGCCAGAAGCCCAACGGCAUGCAUCUUCUAUUCGGAGGAAAAUAACCAUACUGGGAACUAGACUGGACAGCCUACAAUCUCUUUUAUCAAAGCUUCCUGGCAAGCAAUCUUUGUCAGAGAAAGAAAUGAAUCGUCGUAGAGACAUGGUUUCUAAUUUGAGAUCAAAAGUGAACCAGAUGGCUUCCACUUUGAACAUGUCAAAUUUUGCGAAUAGGGACAGUUUACUUGGCCCUGAGAUAAAGCCUGUUGAUGCAAUGAGCAGAAUUAGUGGCCUUGACAACCAUGUUUCUUUUUCCCACUUUUUGCUACAAUUCCCUGCAGAACAAGAUGAGGGUCUUGAGAAACUGGAGGAAACAGUGAUAAGCACCAAACACAUUGCACUGGCAGAUAAUCUAGAUGAACAUGUCGAGGUCACAGACUCCAGAUUGCAGCGAGUACAGAGGAGGCUUGCAAUAUUGAACAAGAGGACUAAGGGUGGCUGCUCCUGCUUGUGCCUCCUCCUAUCUGUCAUAGGGAUUGUGGUUUUGGUUGCCAUCAUAUAUUUGUUGGUCAAAUAUUUGUAAUUUAAGAAAGGUUAAGUUCAAACUUCCUCGUGUGCUUUUGUUUUUAUGGAUUUAUAUAAUUAUGUUGGUAUAAAGAAGAGCUAAAGGCAGGACAGGUAAUGCCGUGUAUUUGCUUUCACAAGGACUGAUGGAUUUCCAGAUUGUUUGUCAUGUAUAUAAUUACAUGAUUUGGUUUGGUGCAAAAUUGUACUUAAUAUUAUUAGAAUCUUUUCUGCCUUGAAGAGAACUUAUGUUGAUGGUUGACGAUAUUGGUAUACCUAUGUUAACUCGUUUUAUUUUUUAUUCGGAUUUUAUGUCAAAUGUAAGUCAUUUUAUGGAUUAGUCUUGAUUUAGUCAUGUAAAAGUGG